GGACCUGAAAGCAAAAAUUAAACUCCGGGAAGUGGCUCAAGGUCCCUUUCCAGCAGGAAAAGGGGCACGGCCACGGCAGGGGGGCAGCACGGGCACAUCACAGAAAGCCCGGUGAGACAAAGCGCGCCGGACAACAGGCUGGGAUUUUAUUUAAUGUAAACAUUUCCCACCCUGUUGACAACCCUUGAGAAGUCAAAAGGUUCCUUGUGCCAAAAGAUGCAGCUCCUGUAGCUCAUGAUAGCCUCGCCUAUGGGCACCCUCACCCUCUUAUUCCUGCCCCAUAUCUCAUAUGCUCACACCAGGGCCUCCCUCCUCCCCAGGACUCGUGCGCGCCUGAUGUGGGAUCCAAAAACCCUGGCGUGCGGGUGGCAGAGCAGGGGAGAGGCAGCAGGGACACUGGGGGAAGUGUCAGUGUGCCGGAGAGGAGCCCCGUUAUCUCACGACCUCGUGUGCCAGAUGUGCCUCCAGUCACAUGAGCUGCGCUGGCGCUGGUCUGCGCGGCGGAGGGAUUACACAGCAGCCUGCAGCGUCCCGAAAAUGCUGCUAGUGAAAAGUGGGUUUGUCUGCGCACAAAAAGCCUGCGAGCACUCUGCCUUGAAGCAGUGCUUGGGGACAAAUACCGGAUAAACAACGCUGUGGUGAGGCUCUGCCUUCCCUCUGAGCACAGCUUCGGGCUCUCAGCAUUGUCCCCACGGGGCAGCCUGGCUGAGACGCUUUUUGGUACAUUCAGUGUAGAAAUAAACCCCUUUCUGUGGCUGAGGGCUCAACGCCACAGCAACAUAUGAUAGAGGACACCGCUGUAAUCAGAACUGGCCGGGGUGGGAACGUCGCCUGGCUUCUCCCUGUCACCGGUUAUAUGACGUGUGCCUCCUCCCCAGGCUGCUGGGGAGAAGGGGCAGGUGGAAACGGGCAGCAGGUAUUUCCUUUCCGUGUUUACGGACGAGUGUGGCCCCUUUCCAAAGUGGCGAAGAACCAGCUCAGCGCUGUCACCGCUCCAGGGCUGGGGAACAGCGGCUUUUUGACCUUACUCAAAUCAGCAAGGGCAAAGAACUUGCCUUCAGAAAUUUUGAAGGGAGCUGGCUGAUGAGCUCUUUGUUCCAGCAAAACUGUGUAGUGAUAAUUAACCUUAGACUUGUCAGCUGAUUAGGAGAAGGCUGGUGCUGGCCACUUUUUCAAAGGAGGGCAGGGAAGAGAAGCCUGUAGUGAAAAAUAUGUAAAGCGGUGGAAGAUGCAAUAUUGCUGCACAGCCAUGGGAUUCCAUGAAACCAACGCAUAACCUCACCAUGAAAAAAAGACAAAAAGACUGAAAUAUUGCUUAUUGACAUCAGCAGUAUUUCAACAGUCGUCAGGCAUUUCACUUGCAGUUUCUGUGGUCUUUUGAUGAAUUAAAAACUUGCAGGACAGCCCGGCUCCCACUCAGCAAAGUGGCCAUGGGCUGAUGGUUUCCAGAUGCACUUCUAUGGGAUCCCAAGGGUGCUUUGUGUGUCUCUGAUGAACCAAUUUAUCGCCUCCUCGGGAGAAAACAGGCUUGCAGACAGUACACCUGUUGGUACGGUUUCCGUGUUUGGACAAGCUAGCUGCAGGCAAGCUUGCUGCGUUAGGAAAGGCCAGGCAGUCAAGUGUGUCUUGUGGGAUUCUUGUGUGAUCUGGAGAUCAGGAGGCUGAAACAAAGAGGUUUUCCUGGAGCCAGACUCGAUGAUCGCUGUGGAUCCCUCCCAGCUCAGGAUAUUCUCUGAUUCCGUGAGUUUUCUGGAUCCCCUAAAGAAAACCUGUGUGCACAGUCCAAAGUGCAGGACGAGCCCCGGGGCUGGCUGGUCAAUGUUAUGCUCUCCCUUGCGUUUUUCAGCAGCGUGCAUAUUUGUUCUGGGGCAUCCAGCCAUGCCAGGGAGAGUGCUGGAGGCCAGUUUUGCCUCCAUGGGUUGAGUCAGCCCUGCGUGGAUUUGGGGCUCUUGUGUGUCCCCUCUGCCGGCCAGGUUUGGAGGGCUUUGCACUGGUUAGCUGCUGCUGGAAGGGCAGGACAGGCAGGCAAGCCUGGCUGCCAGAAACACAAACCUGCUGGGUGCAGAGUGAACGUCCUGCUUCAGCAAAAGGCCGGAUCUGUAGCGAUCAUCACAGGAAAGGCUGAGGCGGCUCCGUUAUGCUUUAGGAGCAUAUUCCUAGGGAGUAAGAACUUGCUGGCUGGGGGCUCUGCAGCCUGGAAGAUACUGGUACAAUGAGAUAAAAUGAAGAUGAAGCAGUAGUGUAAUAUAUUCAGACCAAAAGUGUAUUUAUAUAUUUAUAUUUUUGGUUCUUUUUUUAUUUUGCACCUUGACCGGUGCAUCUUAAAAACCACCUCCUAUCACCCUCCUUUGAAAGAAAUAAGCUGCAGCUUAAUAAAUAUUGUCAGUGAGGGGCUGUGUGAGACAAGGCAGCAGGAACUGUAGAUGGGAUCCCGGCGGUGAUGAGAGGACCCCAGCCCAAGUUUACGAUUCAGGACUCCCAAGCUGAACCCAGGUAGCAGAAAUAAGUUACGCCAACGUGAGAUUUUGUGCUCUGUGUCUCUGGUGUAUGUGCUCACAUUUUAGGUCAUCUGCAGUGGCCUUAACCACCUUACCUCGCGGUGUUAAUCUUCCCUUGUUGGAAAAGGGGUGACGCAGGAGAUGGCCUAAAAGCCGAAUACUCUGGCAGAGGCCGAGUGAGGAAGGCUGGGUGACGGUGGUGACUUUUAACACCCAUGUGGAGCCGUGGUCGUGUGCUGGGCACUCCUGUACCAGGCCCCUACACGGCCCUGGCAGUGUCCCCAGAGGCACUGCGCGGUGCCACUCGAACCUGUGUGAGGUCCGACACCACUGAGCACGAAAAACGGGGCUGGGAAAGCCCUCGGAGGUCUAUUCCCUGCCCCAGGCUGCACUAGUGCUAUCUAAAACGUCGUUUGGCCAAGCUUUUCUUCAUGUUUUCCACAGGGGUGUUCUCCCCUUCCCCAGCAGAGCAAUUCCAGUGCUCCGCCAUGAAGCUUGGGGUGCUUUGAGGACUGCUUGUCAUCCCCUGGUGCGGUUGGGUCCCUAUUACAGCUGGGUGUGCUCAGACUUGAUUUUGGCUGCCAUAAAGUGCUCAAAGCUCCAGAGUUGUUGGGAAGCCCUUAAACCUGGUUUCAGUACGUGUUGGUGGGAAGGCAGAGCAGGCCAGUGACCGCUCCUCCGGGGUGAGGCCUGGCUUUAUCAGGGGUUAAGAGAAGAUGUGCUCAAGGGCCUUACAAGUGAUUUUAGGGGCAAAAUGGGACAUGGAAGGAGGGGGACGGGCUGGCAGUCAGGAUAUGAGCAAAGGGGAUGGGAUCGCUGCCAGAUUUCCAGCUGGGCGAGUAGAUGGUGUUGUAAUACCGAGGCUGAAGGAACAGACAACAGACUGACAACAAAUUCUCCUGCCUUGAACAGUGAUUGGAGACGUGUUUGCAAAGGUUACCAGCUUGGACGUGUUUAUGGGGCAUGAUUCAUUAAAAAAGUCCCAAAUAUCCAGGUGCUGCAAGUCUCCCUGGAAUAUGGGAGAUAAGUCUCGCCUCCAGUUCUGUCUCUGUGCCUCCAGGGAGUGCUCCUGAAGCUCCUUUGUACACCUCCGAGACUUGCACAUCGCUGCGGAGAGCCAGAGACUGGGGCUGGGAGGAACAGAGAGCUGGAGGGUGGGAAAUUCAAGUUCAAGAAGGAGGAGAAGGAGCGGGGUCAGCGGAGGUUGAUGGGGCCCAGAGGGAACCCCCUGGGCAGGAAGGAGUAACGAAGAGUUGUGGCUCUCCCGUGCCUGUAACCGAUAGUAACCAUGCCAGCCCAGAAGGACAGAUGGUUUCCUUCCUUCUCUUUCCUGCUCUUCUGCGCUUCCUUCAUUCCCAUGCUGGGAAGUACAAGUCUGCUACAGGAGUUGAGCCCCCAGGAGUAUUUCAGUAGCUUGCAAGCUGGAAGGGCAUCCCUGGCUUAUUUCAGCCAUAACGUUUCUCCUGGUGCCCAGCCCUUCUUGGAACAGAUUGAGAACUCAGUCGAGGCUCUGCAGGACUAUGGCAUUUCAGUGGUGAAGGUUAACUGUCCCAAAGAGGACGUCUCAAGAUACUGUGGAAAAGAAAAUGCAUUAAGGAAAGCCUACCUGUUCAGAGGGAACAUGCUGAUCAGAGAAUUUCCUACUGAUGCCUUGUUUGAUGUGAACUCCAUUGUUGCUAAUGUUCUGUUUGCCCUGCUCUUUAAUGAAGUUAAAUAUGUUGAAACACUGACGGAUCUUCAGAACAUAGAAAAUGCACUGAAAGGGAGGUCGAACAUGGUCUUCGUGUAUGUACCAGCUACUGGAACAGCAGAGCACAGAGCUGUGAUGGAAGUGGCUUUUGUCUACGGGACUGUCCACCAGUUUGUUCUGACAACUGAGGCAACACUGUUGAAAGACACCGGCAGCGAUGAGCCUGAUGCAUCAUCUGCCCGGCUGUUGUUCUGCCACUGCCAGCAGGCCACGGACGUGGCGCAGCCCUGCAGGAAGACACCCCUGGAGCAGGAUCUGACCGUGCUAAACAUCCACAGACACCUCAAGCUCAUGGGGGCUCCUCUUGUGACAGAGGUUGCUGAGGACCCAGAGAAGGUUUCCACUGUUCACUUACAGCUUGGGCUGCCACUUGUGUUCAUCCUCAGCCAGAAAGAGACCUACGAGGCAGACAGGAGAACAGCAGAGUUUUUGGCCUGGCAGCUCUUGGGGAAAGCAGGAGUCGCCCUUUUGUCCAGGGACCUCGUGGAUUUGAAUGUUCUGCUCCAGUCAAACGUCGCUCUCAAGACACCAGAUGAGGGAGUGCCAAUCAAAUACCUGGUCUUGGAAGACACCGAUGAAGUUAUAACCCUGGUGGAAGAUAAGAGCAAGGUUGAACAAAUCCAGGAGGAUGAGGAUGAGGAAGAUGAGGAUGAAAAAGAGUAUGACAAUCAAGACGUUCAGGAUGAUCAGGUGGUGGAAGCAGUUUCCAGGGACAAGAAGCGAGAGCUGCCCUUGGAGCAGAUCCUUACCCUGACGGAAGAGACCUUUCACUCAGCCAUGUUGAAAGCUGCCCAGACGGUGGUGCUGUUUUAUGCCAGCUGGGAGGCAGUGUCUCUGGCAGUGCUACAGUCUUACACAGAGGUGGCUGAUCACCUGAAAGAGUUGGGCAAGACACAAGAUUAUGUGGUAACAGAUGAUGAGAACCAGCCAUACCGGAUCAGAGGAGUUCAGGGGGUUUUGCUCUCUCGGGUAAACUGCUGGGACUGGCCUGGUGUUUGCACGACAGAGAAUGUCACCCAGUUUCCUACCAUAAAGAUUUACAAGAGGGGAGAGCAACCGUUAAUGUACAAUGGCAUGUUGGGAACUGAAGAACUGACCAGCUUCAUCAUGUUGAGCCGAGUUUCCUGCCCUCUGAAGCUGAUGACGGUUGAUGAAGCAGAAGGGUACUUAAGAGGAGAGCUUCCAACUGAGCUGUCGUCCUAUCACCACGCUUCAGUUCUAGGAGUAUUUAGCACAGCCAUGAGUAAAGCCAAGGAAGCUUUCAUAGAGGCAGGAAGCAUCUUAAGUGGGCACGUGACAAUGGGGAUGUAUUUUGAAGACGAUGCCUUGGCUUUUUCUUGUUGCAGUCACUUUUUCAGGUCCCGUAAGUACGCAGUAUCUCCCCCAGCCCUCCUCCUUGCCAGGAGCGGAGAUCGGAGUGUGGAAGGCAUCGCUUUGUCCAAAGAUAGCGCGCAGGACAUCGUGCAGAUGAUCAGAUACAGAUUGCUGGACACGUUUCCAGAAAUCACUGUGCAAAAUCUGCCUCACUACUUGCAGCUCAGGAAGCCCUUCCUCAUCUUGUUUAGCGAUGGUGACGUCGGUCAGCUGGAAAGCAAGGAAAUGCUGAAGCUGGCAAAAGGGAUACCCCAGCAAGCGUUUAUACCUUGCUGGUUGAACUUGAAGAACACUCCAGUGGGCCACGGGGUCCUGAAGGCAUACUUUGCCACCGUGCCUUCGUUGCCUGUUGUCGUCUGGGUGAACCUUCACGCUGGGGGUCAAGUGUUCAAGUUCCCAUCAGAGCAGUCUGUCACCGAAACGAACAUCUUGUCUUGGCUGGAGAAGCUGAAGGCAGGACUGGAGAUUCCCAGCAGUACCUUAUCUGAGGAAGACUGGAAACCACCUCUUCCUGCUUACAAUUUCCUCCAAAUGAUGGACACCACAGCGCCCGAAUUCACCCUCCGUGCCUCCUACCGCCACGGGGACGGGCAGGAGCAGCAGCAGCCAGAAGGCUCUGAAGAGACGGCCACAGUGCGAGAGGAAACGCCUGAGGAAGCUGGGGUGAAGGCAGAGAAAGUCCAGUCCCCCGGGAGGGACCUGCGUGGGACAGCCCCGAGGCUGGCAGGGAGGGAAAAGCAGGCCAAGAGACACAGUGAGCUGUGAGAGUGAAAGGCUGUGGGACAGUGCCCAGAAAAAACUCUCUCACUUUCUCAGCCCUCGGUGAGCCUGUGCAACAGAGAGAGAAGGGAGUUUGGCUGUAAAUUGGUGGCGAGGGGAUAAAACAGCCCCUGAGUUUCAGUUUAAGUUCCCCGUGGCACUGUGUCGGUAGUUCUGUGGAACCUGGUAUUUCUCACACCAGAAAUGUGUCCGUACAACCUCCUGGGUGCUGUCCACAUCGCAUUUCACAGCAAAUAUCACGGGAGCAGAGCUGCAUGGAGGUGGCUGCCGAGGAGUUCUGCCCGCCUGAUAAUUAACGGAGCGGCAGGGUGAGCUCACCGUGCACGCGGAGCGCUUGCCUCCCCACCAAAUCGUGCCAGAAAAGUUGAAUCAGCACAGCCCUUCUGUACGGUUUCUGUAUAUCUCACGAAGAUGCUCUGGUUACCCUGGGCAGGAAGAGUGAGUGAUUCCAGGACAAAGAGCACUUCUCUCCCCUUGGUUCCAGUAGAGGCUCUGCAGAUCUGUCGGCGAGCUCUGCCCUCGAUAAGCAGUUCAGUCUGCGCUGUAACUACGCAGAGCCAUGAGGGCAAACAUUCCACUCACCCCAAAUCUGCAGUGUUUAAACUGACACACAGCUGUUUACACCUGAGUCAGGAACUGAAUUCAUUAGUGUUCAUCCUCGGGGGUAACAGCAGUAUCUGGCUAAGGUGGCUUUAUUAUGAAGGCCAGAACUCGGGUCAUCACAGCAGCUGUGAGUACCCAGCACAAAUAUUUGCCAGCAAAGCCCAAGGGUGGGCAGAUUGGGCGAUGGCUUUUCUCAGUACUGGCAUUUUCUUGGUUGCAAGCCCAGGGGGUUAUUUACAGCCUCUGCUAUUUUUCUGUGGUCUCAGUAACAGCAAUGAGGUUGGUGCCUUCUGAGCCAAGGACGGUGCAAGGAAUGAGGUGUGUGGGAAGGCCAGCAGUACAGAAACGAGGGGAGAGAGAUGAGGGGCAAGGCUGGCGGUGCUGGGGAGAGGCUGUUCCAGUGUGUGACAGAGCCGUUCCACGUCCUUUCGGUGAGGACUGGGAGAUUCAGGGCCCGGGGAAGUGGCAUUCCAGCCCUUGCUUGUUUCCUCAAGACAGCAAAAGGUCCGUCAUUCCAUGCUGCGAGACAUCUUGGGGUGUGAUCUGGGGAGAGGUGCGGUGUGAUCAGAGGGAAGCUCUGUCUAAUCCCACUGAUGGCCACGACAAUCUUCUUCCCACUGCCUUUAACCUGCUCUGUUCCACAGCACUGCCGAGGUGUGCCAGGAGGGUCAGAUCUUCCUCCUUAGGGCUCUGAAGUUCCUGGUGAGGGGGAAGAAUGGUGUUAAGGAACCACCGAGAGCAUUGUGAAGUCUCUCUCUCUCGUCCUGCAAGCAGCCUACGUGGUUGGGAGUAUUUUGAAAUGCCGAGAAAUAAGCCAUUACUCUUGUGCUCUCCUUGAAGCCCUUAAUUGGAGCAGGCCGUUUUUGGACUUACUGACCGGGCUCAGAGCCAAAAUAUAUGUAUUUAAAGUACUAAACUGCAGUAUGCAGAACGGAGUCUGCUGUGCAGCAGAACUUUCCCAGGGGAAGGAGGAGGUCAGCGAGUUCUCCUCCGUGAGUUCCUGUCGUUCCUCUGCAGUAAGCAGCCGUCCCACCGCGCUCCGCGAGCGGUACGGGGGCAUUUCCAGCACUGCCCCUAGUGACACGACUGCUUUCCCUCCUGCGGCAUCACUCUCCCGCUUCGGGCAGGCAAAGUACGAUAUUUGGGCUUAUCCUUCGGUCUCAAAUAAACUCUAUCUCCAGUUCAAUCACUCUGCGUUUGUCUUGGUUGCGAGCGCUGCGGUGCGUGGAGCGGCUGACGUCCCGGACCAGCGUGCCCAGGAUGGAAGCACGCUUCCAGGAAGGCUCCUUCAGCCUCUGCGUGCCUGCAGCAGGAGGAUCCCUUACUUCAGCAGAUUUUGUGCAAUCCGAGGAGUCUUCCCGGAUCCCCGCUGCUCUUGGCAGCGCGUCAUUUUUUUAUCACGGACCUUAGCCACGCGGUGUCGGGGCAGGAGCCUGUCACUAGGGGUCAGUGCCACAUCUCGGUUAUGGCUGGAAAAAUUGCUGCCUUUGAGGGUGCUGCUCAAUUCUUCCCGGAGAAUUGCCAUCGAAGCCGUGGGGGUUCAGGAAUUGGCUAUCCUCGGGGGGUGCGGGUGGCUGAGGGCCUGGUUGCUGCCGGGGGCAGUGGCCGUAGCAAGCCUAAGAGCUGGGGAGUCGCAGCACUACGGGGUUCAGCGCCCACAUCGCCAGUGGGGUCCCUAAACCCGGAGCCUCCCAGCAGGGGUUGGCAGUGCCAGGAACCCCGAAAGAAACCAGCAGGUCCCUGCGGUGACACGGGGAAGGGAAGGGACAUGCUGCUAGCAUCGAGCUGGCCGGCAGCCGCGUCUGAUGGAGCUGCUGACCCUAAGCACGGGUGUGGGUCAGGGUCCUGCACCGCAUCGGGUUGCAUGGGCCUGGCUCCGAGUUUGUUUGUUUCUUUAAAUACAAAACGUCUCUCUCAUUGUGCAGCGCUAGCAGGCGCUUGGAGUGUGGAGGCAAUCUAUCGAGGCAUAUAUGUGCCAGGAUACGUACAUACAGGGAGAAAAUGUUCCGAGUACUGGGAGCAGUUUGAUUGUGGUCUGCAUCCUCCAGCACUCCCGUUCGCUGGCAGAAGCAGCCCUGUAUUAUGUUAUUUUUAAUAGCGAUGGCCCUGGGGAAAGACCAACACGGAAAGAAGUGCUCAGCAAAGCCCAGUGUGUGUUUAUGGACGGGAGUGAGAAGAGAGCCCGAGGAAGAAGAGCUCUGCAGUCCCGGGGGCAGCUGCGAGGCACAGAGUGAGUCCCACCAGGCUGGAGAGGAGGAAUUCAGAGCAGUGGAAGGAAGCCAGUGAUUGCUGCAGGAUGGCGUGCAUAUCUACAGCUUCUUUGCGUCCCGGCACGUGCUGAUAGGCAAGAGAAGCACAAUCACAGUGAACAUUGAUGCUAUCAGCUCCUUUUUCAACCAUUUAACAUUAAAACGUGUCUGUUUGGGCAAACCGCAGGUCUGUCUCCGAAGAUGAUGCUAGCGAGGUGCACAAUGAGCUGAUGAGCCGAUAGAUUUCCUGAUAGAUUGUGUUGAUGGAAAGUAUUGACACUUUUGGGGUUUAUAUCACGCCCUUCUUCUGAUUGUACUUCAGCACUAAAACUCAAAGGUGGACAUAC